ACCACAAACCCCCAAGGUGCCUUAUUGCUAUUGCUACCAACGUAAUUAGAACAGUACAAAUACAUGUUUGUGAUAGCCAUGGUAAAUCAGACCAUAUACCAUGGGUUUCAGCCAAUCAGCAUUCAGGGCUUGAACCACCCAGUUUAUAAUAUGUAAUAAUGUGCACAAAAUAUAUUCAAAAAUGGAUUCAUUCAGCUAUAUACUGUAACAUUGGACCAUACAAGCUAUGCAAUUGGCAAUAACUUUCCUCUUAAAACAAAUGACACCAAUUUUCUAAAUGCAAUUAUCAAACAUAUCAAGUAUUAUGCAUUGUGCAUUAGCCUAUGCAUUAUGCAUUGAUUGGGUGUUUAAUUUAAGAUUACUAUUUUUAUCUCCUUAGGGGCAAUUCAUGGGAUUCGUUAGUUAUAUAAUCUUACUAGCUAGUUACCUUAAAUCACCCUCAUGUAUAUAAACUGCACACAUGAGCGCUAUAAGACGUCAAGGAAGUCACGUGAGUCGCGAGCACUGCAGCUGUGGGCAAGAAAAGUUUUGAGAGGGUGGCAACUGGCGAGAAUGACGCGUGUCUGUCUUACAGUAGAUCAAACACGCAUACUAGCAGUCCACAGAGCUGUCCAGUGCAAAUCCUGAUAAAUCCAUGUAGUCUAUGACAAGAUCUGAUUUAGAAUACCUUAUAAAGUCUAACAGUGGAGUAUUUUUCAGAGGGAACAUGUAAGUAGCCCUUACAUGGUGGAUCACUUGGUGGUUACUGGAUAGAAAACAUUCUCUCGCGCAAAAGUCCACCUGCGUAAUUUUGAUUAAUGGAUUAAUGCUUUUAGCGCAAAAACCAAUACUCGCUGCUUUUUGGGUGGUUCAAGGGGGUGACCACCACCACCUCUUGAAUGACCCGCUGUGAAGGAAUGAGUGAUGCCGGACAGAGGAUGUAACAUCUGGAGUCUGGUGAUACUGUCCGUGUUGGAGAUGGGGCUCGGUGCGUCCAGCAUCGCCCUCGGGGUGUUCGGCAUCAUCAGAGUCCGGUCGGUUCACAAGCUGCAGCUGGGGGAUGCCUCUCCUAUAUGGAGCGGAAGUUGUUUUCUCAUCUGUGGACUAUGUGGGAUGGUGUGUGCAAAGAAAAGGUCAGGAUUGAUUAUGAUCCUAUUUUCAGCCUGCUGUAUCUGUGGGUUGAUCAGUGGGAUUCUAAACUUCCAGUUUGUGCGUGUGGUGGCAAAGCGUCCCGAUGCCCUGCCGUCCCUCUACCUGGCCAUCAUGGUGCUGGCCUGCCUGGGCAUCGGAGUGUCCAUCCUGUUUACCUGGCUCACCUGUCGUCUGGCCAGCAGCGAACAGCAGAGGAUGUACCUGGAGAGAGAGCUGUCCCUGCACCACUCCCAUGAGAUGAGUGAAAAGGAGUUGGCUGAGAGAUCUGAGAGAGCAGCCAGCAUUCCCCAGAUCUCCUUCAAUGGAAAGUCCUCCCCUCCAUUGUCAUUAGGCUGAAGCCCAGCUGUGUUACUGUAUUCAAAGCAACAUGGAGACAAUGUUGGUUUCAUACAACACCAACGGUUGCAGGGGACGUGAUCUCUUGCAAUUAACUGAUACACAAAGGAAUCAACUGAAGUUACGGCAACGCUAUGAGAAGGCGCUGUGAGAUUUGACAAUCGGCUUACCAGUGACGAUGUAGGCUGAAUGAUGCACCUGGAUAGUCCCCAGACAUGGCUUUGGGGGACAUGGAAACAGCAGAUAGAGGGGACAAAGCUAUGGCACAUCCAAAGGCUCAAAAAGAACAACUAAACCACUUGAGAUUGUCAGUGUUGAGACGGUGGAAGACAUAACUGCUUCAGGGUUUGACUGGUCAUAGAGAUCAUGUCAUACAGUGGAAGUUGUUUCCAGUACUAUUAUUUAUUUAAUGAUUAUUUAUGUAUUUUUUAUUUAAAUAUAUGUUUGUUUAUUCAUAAGCAUGCAAAUAUAAUAACAUCCCAUCUGUGAUAGGUUUUUACAAUUUAGAGCAUUAUAAUGAAUUAAAGGUUUAUUGAUGGUGAUGGA